GACUCAUAAAUAAAAAGAAUUGAAGCUCUGUUUCAUAAAAAAAUAAAACAAAACAAAACCACAAUCCCUAAUGGCUGCUUCUUCUACCACCACAAUACCCCCAAAUUCUUAUUACAAAGCUCACAUUUCUUCUUCAUCAAUCUCUAAACUAUAUUCUUUCUCUCAAUUGCCCUUCAAGUUGAAAAAAUUUACAAAGACUUGCCCUUCAAGUAGUGGAUUGUCUGUAUCUUGCACUUUGACUAGAGAGGCAUCAGCUGUGAAAAUGGAGGAGGAGAAAGAAGGGUCUGACCCUGCUUUAUGGCAACGUCCUGAUUCUUUUGGACGUUUUGGGCAAUUUGGUGGCAAAUAUGUGCCUGAAACUUUAAUGUAUGCUCUUUCUGAGCUUGAAUCUGCCUUUCAUUCUCUCAAGGAUGACCUGGACUUUCAGAAAGAAUUAGAUGGGAUUUUGAAAGACUAUGUUGGUAGGGAAACUCCUCUUUAUUUUGCUGAGCGGCUGACGGAGCAUUAUGGACGUCCUAAUGGUGAAGGACCACACAUUUAUCUCAAGAGGGAAGAUCUAAACCACACAGGUGCUCACAAGAUCAAUAAUGCCAUUGGCCAAGUUUUGCUUGCUAAGCGUUUGGGGAAGGAGCGCAUAAUCGCAGAAACUGGAGCUGGUCAGCAUGGAGUUGCAACUGCUACAGUGUGUGCAAGAUUUGGUCUGCAGUGCAUUAUCUAUAUGGGUGCUCAAGAUAUGGAAAGACAGGCACUUAAUGUUUUCAGGAUGCGCCUUCUUGGUGCUGAGGUCAGAGCAGUUCAUUCUGGGACAGCCACUCUGAAGGAUGCUACAUCAGAAGCUAUACGGGAUUGGGUAACUAACGUGGAGACAACCCAUUAUAUUUUGGGAUCUGUAGCUGGGCCGCAUCCUUAUCCCAUGAUGGUUCGGGAGUUCCAUAGGAUUAUUGGCACAGAAACAAGAAGGCAAGCAAUGGAAAAAUGGGGUGGGAAGCCAGAUGUACUUGUGGCAUGUGUUGGUGGAGGAUCCAAUGCCAUGGGACUUUUUGAUGAUUUUGUCAAUGACAAGGAUGUUAGAUUGAUUGGUGUGGAGGCUGCAGGUUUAGGUUUGGAUAGCGGCAAGCAUGCUGCUACUUUGACCAAAGGAGAAGUUGGGGUCUUGCAUGGAGCUAUGAGUUACUUAUUACAAGAUGAUGAUGGACAAAUAAUAGAGCCUCAUUCUAUAAGUGCAGGGUUGGAUUACCCUGGAGUUGGACCUGAGCACAGUUUUUUGAAAGACAAAGGACGUGCUGAAUACUACAGUGUCACGGAUGAGGAAGCAUUGGAAGCCUUCAAAAGACUAUCACGAUUGGAGGGGAUAAUCCCUGCUCUGGAGACAUCUCAUGCAUUGGCGUAUUUGGAGAAGCUGUGCCCAACUCUUGCCAAUGGUACUAAGGUUGUGCUUAACUGCAGUGGCAGAGGGGAUAAGGAUGUUCAGACUGCCAUCAAAUAUUUGCAGCUUUGAUGAAUGGCAAUAUUAAUAUCCAUGCUGCAAAAUUCUUUUUCAAAAUAAACGGGUUAUAUGUUGCAAGUUUUAGGUUAUUUCUUUCUCCUUUCUUCUUUUUGGGUAUGAAAGAAUGUCUGUCAAAUCUGUGGGAUUAAUGGCAAUCUAGCUGCGAGAGUAUAUUGUCACUGUUGCAAAAGAAAAUUAGAUCCUGAGGAUAUUUCUCAGUACUGAAAGAAGAGUUCUCUUCCUGCUAGCUUUAUCCUGGACGGAAGUUUCUAGUUGGGUGAUGGUUGAUGGUAGGCAAGGCACCGAGCAUAUUGCUGUUUGCAAGGUUUAUCACAGCCAUUGAAUGAACGAACAUCUUUCGCCA